GAAAAACGUGGUUAAGGCAUAUAAGUAUAAAACGAAAAAGAAACUCUCGUUUUUAAGUCAGAUCACAUUUUACCUCCGCGACAGAACAGAGAAUCUCUAACAUGGGAUACACAAAGGUUCUUGGCGCUAUGUUUCUGAUGGCCACUGUCCGAGGAGGCCACCUAGGUCAGUCCGGCGGGUAUGGCGCUCCAGCGGUUUCGUCAUACGGCGCCCCAGUCGGUGGUCCUGCAUACUCAUCGCCCAGCGGAUACAGCGCAGGUUACAAUGGCGGAUCGUCACACACUGGACCAGGAUACAGCUCGAGCGGACAUGGGGGUUACGAUGAACAGCCCAAAUCGUAUCAGUUCGGCUACGCGGUGAAAGAUUACGCAUCAGGUAAUGACUACAACCGUCAUGAAACCAGUGACGGAAACACGAUCCAGGGGGAAUACCGUGUCCAACUACCUGACGGACGCACACAAAUUGUCACGUACAUCGCCGACUGGAAGAAUGGCUAUCGCGCCGACGUCAGAUACGAGGGUGAAGCGCACUACCCCACUGAGAGCUCGUAUAAUCCCUCCUCCAACUAUGGAGCACCUUCACCUGGGUACGCGGAAGGAUCCAGUUAUGCAUCACACAGGGAGUCGAGCGCGGGUUAUGGGACACAUUCCAACGAUUAUGAAGCCGGUCAUACUUAUGGCGGGGCUUCAUCGCCAUCCUAUGGACCUCCGGGUUAUGGUAAAUAACAUUCCUCUUUCUUCUUGCAACGCCCUCCACAUUCAUUAAAAUUUCGUGAAUUUGUCUGUACACACGAAACGGAAAAUCCAUGAAAAAAUUUACAGACGAGAUUUCUGAUGGAUUUUUGUGGACUCUUUUGCAUAUAUAUAUAUAUAU